UCAUGCUCAUAUGGUAAUCUUCACAGCUGUGGACGCUAAAGCCGUACAUUGGGUACUCUGGUUUUAACCUGGAGGAAGCUGCAAUGAAUAAGCAUUUUGAUCAAGUUGGAGACAUUGGUUAUAAAGACUCAUUCGCGGAGAUUUUCGCGAAGUUCCAGAAGAACUCAAUUAUAAAAUCCUAUGCAUCCCUUCGCGAGGAAGGUCCGCUGUGGAUACCAUACGGUGGCGACGAUGUUAAUGCUUUCAACAUUCCCUCGACUAAUGAAAUUACAAUAUCCGCCGGUCUAUUACAAAGCGUAUUGUUCCAGCCGGGCUUGCCGUCGUACGUCAACCUAGGCGCUAUAGGAUCGGUCAUGGGUCACGAGAUCACACAUGGUUACGAUGACAAAGGAUCCGAAUACGACGCUCGCGGGCAUGUCGUCGACUGGUGGACAGAGCACACACGAAUAGAGUUUUUCCAGAAGCUAGAAUGCUUCAGAAUACAGUACGGGAGCAUCGUUGACCCAGCCACCAAUCUGAAGUUAAAUGCCGACACCACCAUGGGAGAAAAUAUCGCCGACAACGCUGGCGUUCGCGUCGCCUACGCCGCUCAUCAAGACGCAUCUUUGGACUUCCAAGAGGUCACCCUUCCCGGCCUGGAAAACUUCACUAGCGAUCAGCUUUUCUUCGUAUCUUACGCUCUGGUGUGGUGCGAGAACGCUCUGCCAUCGUGGAACGCGCAGAAGAUCAAGACGCAAGUACAUCCUCCUAACAAAUACAGAGUGAACGUGCCGCUCAAGAACUUGGAACAGUUUACCGCUGCCUUCAUGUGCAAGAAGGGGAGCGCAAUGAGCUUACCCGAUGGCGAAAGAUGUGUCCUGUGGUAAAAGACUACGGUUUUCUGGUUUGUGAACGGGUGCUGGCUUUAAUUAUCGGGAAAUAUAUGUAAUAAAACAGCGGAUGGAGCUUCUUUUUGAAGACUCAGUAGCUCGUCGUCGUCAUUCCACGCUCGCUGUACAUCCCAACUUGUAACAUUAAAAUUUGAUGAAGGCAGUUUGUUGAGUUGACUCUAUUAAAUUUUA